AUGCCUCACUUCCCUCAAGAAAUAGACUAUUCAGAAAAGUAUGAAGACGAUGUCUAUGAGUACCGUCAUGUGCAUUUACCGAAGAAUGUUUAUAAAAGAAUGCCUAGAAGCCGAUUAUUAACAGAAACAGAGUGGAGGACUUUGGGAGUCCAACAGAGUAGAGGAUGGGUCCAUUAUGCAAUACAUAAUCCAGAGCCUCAUAUUUUGCUAUUUCGAAGACCUUUAGGCACAGAUCCUUUGACAGGUUUAGGGCCCAUGAGACAAUAA